UGUAAACAAUUAUCACUCAUUAGAGAUGAACAACAAUGUGGAUGUUGGGCCUUUGUAGUUGCUGAAGUUGUUUCUGAUAGAUUUUGUGUUUCAUCCAAGACGAAAGUGAAUGAAGUGUUAUCGCCUCAAUACUUAAUUUCAUGCGAUUCCAACAAUGGUGGUUGUAGUUAUGGAUAUUUCGAUACUGCCUUUCAAUUUGUUGAAAAUCAAGGCAUUGUCACUGAAAAUUGCUUUCCAUUCGUUUCAGGUGAAGGGAACUACAUUCCCCCUUGUCCAAAAAAGUGUCUCGCCUAUAAUCCUUUCACCCUCUUCAAGGUCAACAACUCCCGUGCCUUCCUUCCACAGGACAUCCAAGGAAUGCAAUUGAGCAUUAUGAACGGAGGUUCUCUAGCUGCCUCUCUCGAUAUUUACAGAGAUUUUGUGCAAUACAGGGGUGGUGUGUAUAGACAUUUGGUGGGAAAUUACAUGUUUACUCAUUCAGUGAGGAUUGUUGGGUGGGGAAUUACCUCUCCUCAACAGGGAAGCAUUCCAUAUUGGAUUUGUGGAAAUAAUUGGACAGAAGAGUGGGGUAUGCAAGGUUGGUUCUGGAUCCUUAGAGGUUCCAAUGAAUGUAAUAUCGAACUAGAUGUGUGGGAAACUACUCCAAUAAUCAAUUAA